AUGCGCAAGAACGAGGGAGAUCAGACGACUUAUGGCGACUUUGAAGUCUCGGCAGUGGACAACAGCCCUGCAUUCUCAUGCCCUAGUCGCCCGCGACCACGUCUGCUCGCCUCAGUCAUCCCCAUCGAAGCCACGGGCAUCCUGGUGGCCCGUGACGACGCCUGCGCACCUCUACUGCACUUCCCUUGUCUCUGCGGGCGGCCUGCGACGAUACCCGCUCGCCUCUGCCACCUCCCUCGUUCGUCUCUGCGGGCGACCGUACAAUCGACUGCACGAUACCAACCACCGCAGCUGCAACGCGCAACGGAGGAGAUUAAGCAAGAUGGAAUGACGCCCGUGUCGCCACCUGCCAAUCCAUUCAUGGCAUCGCCGUCUCCGGCGCUGUCCAGGCAUCAAGUCGCGGCGCCUGCGCCGGCGACGUUCAACAAGAAGGAAGAGCUCAGAAUCAGCACGGGGCCGAACUGGAAAUCGAUCACCAUCGCAGUCGCCUACAGGCACCAACGUCACGAGCGCAUCGUCAUACGAUGGCAUGACGGACUCGACCAGCGUCGCGAGCGUCAGCCAGGCCACUCUCAACGGGCAUCCACGUCGCCCGCGCUGGCUCCUGCGACUACCAAGGCACUCCCAUCGUCUUAA